AUGUGUCGCCGAAGAGUUAAAUGUGCGAACCAAACAGUGGUCGGGACCACUGUGAGACCGCAUAUCGUGGCAUUUCUUGUGAUAGUUACGGUACUGAUGCAAAAUUCUAUAGUAUGCAUUCAUUUGGAUAUAGAACGAGUAGACUAUUUAAUAUUGAAUAAUAUUAAGGUAGACGAAAAAAAUUUAUAUAAAUAUAUCGACAAACACGAACAACUAAUGCUGUUUGGUGGCAGUCCGAAGGACGACUUUACGAUUGUAAGCGUACACCAAAGAAAACGCGAAGCCAGAUCAUGGCCCGGUACUGGACAUUUACACUUUAACAUGGGAGGCACCGGUUACAACUUUUCACUACAGCUACAGAAAUCGGAUAUUUUGAUAGACGAUUCGUUUGUCUUCCUACAACACUACGACAACAGUACGGUCCUCCUGGACGAUUCGUAUGACCGGAUAAUGAGGUACAAAGAUUGUUUCUACAGAAAUGAACGUGCGGCAUUCGACCUAUGCGAAGGGAACGUUCGUGGGUUGGUACGAUCGAACGAAACAAAUAUUAUUAUACACCCUCUACCGGAACGAUUUGGGAAAAGUGCGCAUAUUUUACUGAAUAAGGAUAAACUACAGGACACAGCAUCGAUCAGUGAAAUCCCAGUAGCACCCCAACCGCAUGGACGGCGACACAAGCGUCAAUUGGAUAGCAUCUCGGUCGUACCGGAUGUGUUGCACAUUGAAACAGCCAUCUUUAUCGACAAAGACCUGUAUCGACAUAUGAUGAAAAACUAUCCCAAAAACACGGAGGGUUAUCUCGUACGUUUCAUCCUGACCAUGAUAAACGGUGUUCAAAUCCUGUACAACCAUCCAUCGUUGGGACACACGAUAAACUUCAUUCUGAAACGGCUGGAAAUACUACACAACGAUCCGACCGAUCUACGGAGAUCGAUCGAUAUUGACAUCUACCUCAACAGUUUCUGUGGCUGGCAGCGGAAGCUGAACCCGGUUUCCGAUGCCGAUCCGGUGCACUUCGAUCAUGCGAUUAUACUCACAGGAUUGGAUCUGUUUGUGGUGAACAAAAAUGGAAAAAGUAGCAAUCAAGUGGUGGGCCUGGCGCCCGUCAGCGGCAUGUGCACGGCCAGCCAGAGUUGCACACUCAACGAGGGAAAGCACUUUGAAAGUGUAUUUGUAGUUUCUCACGAGAUAGGACAUAACCUCGGUAUGCGACAUGACACAUCGGAAAACAACUGUGAUCCUAGUUUGUAUAUCAUGUCACCCACUCUGGGCAGUGGCAAAACCACGUGGUCGUCUUGCAGUCGAAACUAUUUAAAUGCAUUCCUCAAAACGUCGCAGGCCACUUGCUUGUUUGAUCGAGGGCAUUACGAGUUGUUACUCGAUCAUACGCGGGAGGGAAAGCUUCCCGGUGAGAGAUUCGAUGCCGAUCAACAGUGCUUGCUGAAGUACGGAAAGGAUAGUGUGCGAUCGAAAACGCAAGAACUAACCGAUAUUUGCCGGGACUUGCACUGCCAGCGGGAUCGCUAUACCUGGACCUCUCAUCCUGCCCUGGAGGGAACUAGUUGUGGAAAAGCGAUGUGGUGCAGAAGUGGCGUUUGUACACCGAAAAUCACGAGCCUUUCAGUACACCCGAACGGUCAGCGUAUCACCGCGUUCAAAACAAUAGACAAGAAAACUUUUCUGGAAGGCAUCAGGCUUGCAAGUUUGAAACAGGAUUUAUCGAAAGCAAUUAAACCAACGUGGAGCCAAUGGAACGACCCAACGGAAUGUGUUUCGGGUUGUUUGUACGGAGAGUCAGGAAGGUUGAAAGAAGGAAGCACGGGGUUGCGCGAAUUUACGCGCACAUGUCUUGAUAAACGUCAGCACUGCUCAGGUUCCAGCCGAAAGUACGAGACGUGCCUCAACAAGCAGUGCUACAAUAUUGCGCGAAUAACGGUAUCGGAGUUUUCCAAUCAAAUUUGCGGCCGUGCUCAGGAGUUUGAUGCUGACAUCAUCGGGUAUGGCUUGCAAAAGGCAGUGCUGGAUGCCGAAGACGCCUGUAAAGUAUUUUGUGCCACCAAAUCGGGCACACCGAAGUCGAAAAGCUGGAUUUACCCCGAUGGAACAAAGUGCCAGCUGUUGGACACGAGCCAGCAGGACACGUACUACUGCGUGAGCGGUCGCUGCGAAUUGUUUGAUUGCAACAACACGACCAAUAACUACUAUCGGCUACACUCAAUGCUUUGCCCGUCGAGCUAUGAUGUGGAGCGAAUAAGCAACAGUAUAUAUCGAGAAAAUCACCGAGAUUACAAAGAGUUCCGCUUGACCCAAAAAAGUGUAUCAACCAAUCAAAUUUCUGAACGGAUGACAACUGUUACAGAACGAAGCGGAAAACCAAACGGCGAUGGUUACUUUACAGAUCACUACAACGCUCGGGAUGCGCAAGCUCUUCAUUCCACACGAUUGUCGGAGCUCGAGAGCCGCAACCUCAGCCGGGAAGUUAAAUCAGCUUGCUAUUUUGGAUGCGUCGAGGACACCGGAGGCAUUCAACUAGUAACCACUUCAGAGGGCAGUGCCAGGAUAAAGCUUUGCAAUGUGAAUACCAUUGCAUGCGACAGCGUAGUGUCAAUGAACGAAUUUGCGACUCAACUCUGUAAGCGGUAUCAAAAGAGGGUCAGGGGUUUAUCAGGAAACGGAAUGCAAAUAGCAGCCACCGUGGCGAAUCCUGACCGAAGUUGCCGUAUCGCGUGUCAGGACUUGUUCCUAAGCCACCGGUUCUAUUUUGUUAAUGGCGAACAAGGCCUCUUCCCGGUUGGGUCACGUUGUAACCAUAACCAACAGAAUCGUUACUGUGUGAAUGGAAAAUGUCUGCUGUUCGGUAACGAUGGUAUGCCCGUUAACGACUCAGUCGGUUCACUACCAACCAACCGAAUAAGAAGAUCAGCAACACAAAGUAACAAAGUCUUCGAGUACUUUGUAACGAAGCAAAUCAACCUAGCCUUUAUGAAAGCCUUAAUCGUAGGCAUUUCACAAACCUAUACUGGCGAUGACACAACUAUGGAAGAUGGAAUCAAUUUUGGAAAUCCAGUCGAUCUGCUUGAUCCAGUUGAAGCUAGAAAUGGAAACCAUGAUUAA